UGUUAGCUCGCUAACCUUAGCGACAACAGACAGGCCACAUCAUUGGGGAAGAAAGCAGACUGUGAUCUCUGUAGGUAGGCAUCUGCUGCAGCUGAGGGAAGGUGGAUGUUUGUGGACACGAAGAUAAAUUGAUGGUAGCUUGUGGGUAAGGAGAGAGUCUUCAGCUAUGAGUAACCCUUACGCACACAUCAUUGAGCCUCUGAACUCCCAGAAGCCAGAUUGCAAGUUUUUCAAUCUUAGAAAGCUUGAUGACCCUCGAUAUGAACAGCUACCUUUCUCUAUUCGUGUGCUGCUGGAGUCUGCUGUGCGGAACUGUGAUGAGUUCCUGGUAAAGAAGGAAGAUGUGGAGCGCAUCCUCAACUGGAAGCAGACCCAGACUCAGGCGGUGGAAGUGCCCUUCAAGCCUGCUCGUGUAAUCCUGCAGGAUUUCACUGGGGUUCCUGCAGUGGUGGAUUUUGCUGCAAUGCGUGAUGCAGUAAAGAAGCUGGGUGGAGAUCCAGAGAAGAUCAACCCCGUGUGUCCUGCUGAUUUAGUCAUUGACCAUUCCAUCCAGGUGGACUUCAACAGGAAGUCUGACAGUCUUCAGAAAAACCAAGAACUUGAAUUUGAAAGAAACAAGGAACGUUUUGAGUUUUUAAAGUGGGGCUCAAAAGCAUUCCAGAAUAUGCGCAUCAUUCCUCCGGGAUCUGGAAUAGUGCAUCAGGUGAACCUGGAAUAUCUAGCCCGAGUCGUGUUCCAGCAGGAUGGUUACUUUUACCCUGACAGCCUGGUGGGCACUGAUUCACACACAACCAUGAUUGAUGGCCUAGGAGUGCUGGGCUGGGGCGUAGGAGGUAUCGAAGCAGAGGCGGUUAUGUUGGGUCAACCAAUCAGUAUGGUCCUCCCAGAGGUCAUUGGGUACAAACUCCAGGGCACACCAAACAAAUUCAUCACCUCCACGGAUAUUGUCCUAACUGUCACUAAGCAUUUGCGUCAGGUUGGUGUGGUUGGGAAGUUUGUGGAGUUUUUUGGGCCUGGUGUGGCUCAGCUUUCUAUCGCAGACCGAGCCACUAUUGCCAACAUGUGCCCUGAGUAUGGUGCUACAGCCGCCUUCUUCCCUGUUGACCACAUUAGUGUGCAGUAUCUCGAGCAGACAGGGCGAGAUGCUGAAAAGCUUAGUUACAUUACACAAUACUUGAAAGCAGUUGGAAUGUUUAGGGAUUACAGCAAUCAGGCUCAGGAUCCAGAAUUUACAAAGGUUGUUGAACUCGAUCUCAGCACAGUUGACCCUUGCUGCAGCGGACCGAAGCGGCCGCAUGACAAAGUUAGCAUAUCGGAUAUGAAGCAGGACUUUGAGACCUGUUUAGGAGCCAAGCAAGGCUUUAAGGGUUUUCAGGUGCCAUCUGAACGCCAUCAUGUCAGCAUACCCUUCCAGUAUAAUGGGGUGGACUAUUCUCUCUCUCAUGGUUCUGUGGUUAUCGCUGCCAUCACCAGCUGCACAAACACCAGUAACCCUUCUGUCAUGCUGGGUGCAGGUCUACUGGCAAAGAAAGCCAUCCAUUGUGGCUUAAGUGUGAAGCCUUACAUUAAGACUAGUCUGUCUCCUGGUAGUGGAGUGGUCACCUAUUAUCUGAAGGAAAGUGGUGUAAUGGAAUACCUGUCAGAAUUAGGUUUUGAUGUAGUGGGUUAUGGCUGCAUGACCUGCAUAGGAAACAGUGGUCCUCUUCCAGAGCCAGUGGUAGAAGCCAUCACCCAGGGAGAUCUGGUAGCAGCAGGUGUUCUUUCCGGCAACAGGAACUUUGAAGGGCGUGUUCACCCCAACACCCGUGCCAACUACUUAGCUUCUCCUCCUCUGGUCAUUGCUUAUGCAAUUGCAGGAACAGUAAGAAUUGAUUUUGAAAAGGAGCCCAUUGCGGUGAACCCAGAGGGAAAGAAAAUUUAUCUAAGGGACAUUUGGCCCACACGGGAUGAGAUCCAGGCUGUGGAAAAGAAGUUUGUUAUCCCCGCCAUGUUCAAAGAGGUUUAUGAGAAAGUGGAGAAAGUAAAUGAGCGCUGGAACUCUCUGAUUGCGCCUUCUGAAAAACUCUACUCCUGGGACCCUAAGUCCACCUACAUCAAGUCUCCACCUUUCUUUGAUGGACUGACCAGAGAGCUUCCAAAGCCCAAGUGUAUUGAAGAUGCAUAUGUGCUUCUCAAUUUGGGGGAUUCAGUGACCACGGAUCACAUCUCUCCAGCCGGAAACAUAGCUCGUAGCAGUUCUGCUGCUCGCUACCUGACCAGUCGCGGACUAACACCUCGAGAGUUUAACUCGUAUGGCUCUCGGCGUGGUAAUGAUGCUGUCAUGGCUCGGGGAACGUUUGCAAACAUCCGCAUUUUCAACAAGUUCCUCAACAAGCAGGCGCCUUGCACCAUCUACUUACCUACAGGGGAGACGCUGGAUGUCUAUGAUGCUGCAGAGAAGUACCAGGAGGCAGGCUAUCCACUUCUGGUGCUGGCUGGGAAGGAGUAUGGUUCAGGAAGCUCCAGAGACUGGGCUGCCAAAGGCCCGUUCCUCUUGGGUAUCAAAGCUGUGCUAGCAGAGAGCUAUGAGCGUAUCCACCGCAGUAACCUGGUGGGAAUGGGGAUCAUUCCUCUGGAAUAUCUGCCUGGAGAGACGGCUGAUAGCCUGGGGCUCAGUGGCCGAGAGCGCUACACUGUGGUUAUCCCUGAACAGCUCACACCCAGAAUGAUUAUUGACAUUAAGCUGGACAAUGGAAAGACGUUCCAGGCUAUAAUGCGUUUCGACACCGACGUGGAGCUCACCUAUUUCCACCACGGCGGCAUCCUGAACUACAUGAUCCGCAAGAUGACAGAAAAGUAGAGAUUGUCUCAUCGCCCUCCAGUGCAGCUACUAAGUUCACCAGCAGUAUCAUUUUUCAUGUCUCUUGUUUAAACCCUUGUUUAGAAAUAAGUUGUUUUUGUGACUCGGAAAUGAAUUUAAAUGCUUAUGAAUUAACGUGUCUUUACUGCAUAUACAACACAUAUCAGCUUGGAAAACACUAUAUGAAAGUGUUCGAGGUUGGUGUUUAAUGUUGGCAGUGGUGGUUGAUAUCACUGUAUCUGUGAAGCUCAAAUAAAUCAUCACUGUGUAGGGUCCCUAAUCUUAAAAACUCAAUAAUAUUCUAGCUCCUCAUCACAGUUAAUUGUGAUUGUAAGAGGUGAAUUGGAGAUGGAGAGAAUUUUAUUUCAUUUUUGGCCGCAUAUUCUGCAGUUGUCUCAUUUCUAGCCAUACCUCAGUAUUGCCUAACAAUAAACUUCACUGUGUCUCAGACAGUCUAGUUUGCAUUAAUUUAAAAUUUACAUUUUGAAAUUAGCUCUCAUUUUAAAUUUUAUACAGAAAGUGUUUUCUGUCAUGAUGGGCACUACAUAACAGUUCACUGCUGCUAUAUGGUAAGAUUUUUUUUCUUGCUAUGUACAACUUUCUCUAUUAACUGUACUGUUUAUAAAUAAAUUUACUGGUGACUAAAAUGCAGAAUUUUUCUUUUGUGAAAUCUAUCUGUAUCAUUUUGCAUAAAUCAGUAUAUUUCAGUGUGUCGAUCAUAUUUGUAUGCUAACCAAAUGAUUUGUUAGUGUGUGAGAUACCUGUAAGUGCCUAAAGUACACUGUGACGCUUGUAUACGUUUGUUCAAUUAAGCUUGUUCGUCAUUCCAUACCAUGUACAGUUGUACUUUUUUUUUGUUUGUUUUUUUUUUGGUAAUGAAAGAGUUGUCAGCCAUACAGUAGUUGUGCCAUUUGCUGUAGUUCACUUAAAUUGUGUUCUUUUGGAGAAACAUGGAAUGAAUGAAAAUGUCAUACAGCAUCAUAAUAAGACUUUAUCAUAUACUUGUUCAUGAUUUCUUAACUUGAUUUCAUAUCAGUCAUAUGGAUAUUUAACAUCACAUUAAAGAUAACAAUAUAUGCUGCAGUGAGAAAUUUUACAUUUCAGAAAUAAUUGUGGAUAGACAUAGCAAGUGUUUCACUUGUCUAUUGUGAUGUAACACGCCUCUGUGAUUCAUUAGCUACUCCAAUAAACUUAGAUGACUUCA